CGUGGCAACAGACAGCAACAGCUCCGGCGGCGCAGACUGAACGCGGGAGGCUUCAAGCUAGGUAUGGAGCCCCUCGCCUGCGGCGGCGGCGGCGGCCUCUGUAAGAAAAAAAAAUUAAUAAAAAUGACAAGUAGAAGACUUGAGGAGUCCAUGGGGGCUGUUCAGAUGGGGUUGGUCAAUAUGUUCAAAGGAGUUCAAAGCAAGGUUUUGCCACCCCUGAGCCCAAAGGUGGUUACAGAAGAAGAAGUAAACCAAAUGCUGACGCCCUCAGAGUUCCUAAAGGAAAUGUCCCUCACCACUGAGCAGAGACUAGCAAAAACACGUUUGAUGUGCCGACCACAGAUCAUUGAACUCUUAGAUAUGGGAGAAACAACACAUCAGAAGUUUUCAGGAAUUGACCUGGAUCAGGCAUUAUUCCAGCCCUUUCCAUCAGAAAUUAUAUUCCAGAACUACACUCCCUGUGAAGUCUAUGAAGUUCCACUGAUUUUGAGGAACAAUGACAAAAUUCCAAGGUUGGUGAAAGUUGUGGAGGAAAGUUCGCCUUACUUUAAAGUAAUCAGCCCCAAAGAUAUUAGCCGCAAAGUGGCUCCUGGAGUGCCCUCUGUAUUCCGAAUCCUCUUUACCCCAGAGGAGAACAAGGAUUAUGCCCAUAUGUUGACCUGUGUUACUGAAAGAGAAAAGUUUAUUGUGCCCAUCAAAGCUAGAGGUGCGCGAGCCAUUCUCGAUUUUCCUGACAAGCUGAAUUUUUCCACCUGCCCUGUCAAAUACAGCACCCAGAAGAUUCUGCUGGUACGAAACAUUGGCAACAAAAAUGCUGUAUUUCACAUCAAAACUUGUAGGCCUUUCUCUGUAGAACCAGCUGUUGGAACUCUUAAUGUGGGAGAGUCCAUGCAACUGGAAGUGGAGUUUGAGCCACAGAGUGUGGGCGAUCACAGUGGAAGACUUAUUGUGUGUUAUGACACAGGUGAAAAGGUGUUCGUAACUCUCUAUGGAGCUGCCAUAGACAUGAAUAUAAGGCUGGAUAAGAAUUCUCUGACCAUCGAGAAAACCUAUAUAUCUCUGGCCAAUCAGCGAACUAUAACCAUUCACAACCGCAGUAAUAUCAUUGCCCAUUUCCUGUGGAAGGUAUUUGCUACCCAGCAAGAAGAGGACAGAGAAAAGUAUAGGGCCGGUGAUGAUCAGAUCAAAGAGGAAAAGGAUGAGACUGAUGAGUUUUUUGAAGAGUGCAUUACUGAUCCUUCACUCCGAGAACGUCUUUCUGUUCUCUCCCAAACCUUUGCAAAUCAGAGGAGGCUGGUGCAGAGAGACAGCAUGCUCUUCUUCAAUAGUGUUUUCACUGUGGAGCCCCUGGAAGGUGAUGUCUGGCCCAACUCAUCAGCUGAAAUCACCGUGUGCUUUAACCCACUAGAAGCCAAGCUCUAUCAACAGACCAUUUACUGUGACAUUUCAGGCCGAGAAAUCCGUCUGCCCCUCCGAAUCAAAGGGGAAGGAAUGGGACCGAAGAUUCGCUUGAACUUUGAAUUGCUGGAUAUUGGGAAAGUUUUCACUGGAUCUGUACAUUGUUAUGAGGCGAUACUGUACAACAAAGGCAUCAUCGACGCUCUCUUCAGCAUGGCCCCUCCAACUUCACCUUUGGGGGCCUGCUUUGUUUUCAGUCCCAAGGAAGGCAUCAUUGAACCAAGUGGAGUCCAAGUUCUCCAGAUCUCCUUCAGCCCUGCCAUCCUGGGAAACUUUGAAGAAGAGUUCCUGGUCGAUAUCAGUGGGGCACCGGAGCCUGUGAAACUGACCAUUAGAGGCUGUGUCAUUGGACCAACCUUCCAUUUUAAUGUUCCAGCUCUGCACUUUGGUGAUGUUUCCUUUGGGUUUCCUCAUACCUUGACAUGUUCCCUCAAUAAUACUUCUUUGGUCCCCAUGACUUUCAAACUGCGUGUCCCUGGGGAUGGCCUUGGCCGUAAAAGCAUUUCAUGUUGUGAGCAGCAUGCAGACUACAAAAGACCAUCUUGGACCAAGGAAGAAACAUCCUCAGUGAAACCAAAAGAAUUCACCAUCACGCCCGACUGUGGCACUAUUCGCCCCCAGGGAUUUGCUGCUAUCAGGGUGACCUUAUGCUCCAACACUGUGCAGAAAUAUGAGUUGGCACUGGUGGUGGACGUGGAGGGCAUUGGAGAAGAGGUGCUGGCACUCUUAAUUACAGCAAGGUGUGUUGUACCUGCCCUCUACCUGGUCAGCACAGAGGUGGACUUUGGGCACUGCUUCCUGAAGUACCCAUACAAGAAAACACUCCAGCUUGCCAAUCAAGAUGACCUCCCAGGAUUCUAUGUGGUGCAGCCUCAGGUGUGUGAGGAUCUGCCUGCUGUGCUGCUUUCCAGCCCCACCCCUAGCGGGGUCAUCCCCCCUAGCAGCACCAUCCACAUACCACUGGCCCUGGAGACCCAGGUCACUGGAAGACACAGGUCCACAGUUUACAUCUCGAUCUUUGGGAGCCAGGACCCCCCUUUGGUAUGUCACUUAAAGAGCAUUGGAGAAGGCCCAGUUAUCUACAUCCAUCCCAGUCAAGUGGACUUUGGCAGUAUCUAUGUCCUACAAGACUCUUCCAGGAUUCUCAACCUAUGCAACCAGUCCUUCAUUGCCGCAUUUUUCCGGGCACACAUGGCACAAAAAAAGUCCCUCUGGACAAUUGAACCCAGUGAAGGCAUGGUUCCUCCAGAAACUGAUGUUCAACUGGCACUGACUGCCAACCUGAAUGACAUACUGACAUUCAAAGACUGUGUCAUUUUGGACAUAGAAAAUAGCAGUACCUAUCGGAUUCCUGUUCAGGCUUCCGGAAUUGGUUCCACUAUUGUUUCAGAUAAGCCCUUUGCUCCAGAACUCAAUCUGGGGGCACAUUUUAGCCUGGAUACCCAUUAUUACCGCUUCAAGUUGAUCAACAAGGGACGUCGGGUCCAACAGUUGUUCUGGAUGAAUGAUAGCUUCCAUCCCCAGGCCAAGCUGAGUAAGAAGGGACAGGUUAAGAAGGGACAUGCUCAUGGCCGGCCUCAGCCCAGUGGCUUUCAGGAGCCCAGGGAUCCACAGAGCCCCGUGUUUCAGCUCCACCCCACCAGGAUGGAGCUGUACCCAGACCAGACAAUCGAUGUGAUACUUGAAGGCUAUUCUGCUACUCCCAGGAUAGUUAAAGAGAAGCUGGUGUGCCACGCCAUCAUCGGGACGCAGAAGGGGAAGAGCUUGUUGAUGACUGUGAGCAUCACCUGCGAGUUCAUUGCGCCUCUCAUCCAGCUCUCCACCAAACAGCUCAUCUACCGACUGGAGAAGAAACCUAACACUAUCCUGAAAUCUGAUUACCAGCCCUUGGCCAUAAAGAACAUUUCCACCCUGCCCGUAAACUUGUUGCUGUCAACAUCUGGACCCUUCUUUAUAUGUGAGACUGAUAAAUCCCUGCUGCCGGCAACUCCUGAGCCUAUUAAACUUGAAAUUGAUGAAGAAAAAAACCUGCUGAUCAAGUUUGACCCCUCCUACAGAAACGAUCUGAACAACUGGGUGGCAGAAGAAAUUCUCGAAAUCAAGUAUGUGGAACACCCUCAGAUAGACAGCCUGGCCCUGCGCGGAGAAGUGCAUUACCCCAACCUCAGCUUUGAGACAAUGGAGCUGGAUUUUGGCUGCAUCCUGAACGAUACUGAGGUCAUUCGCUACGUUACCAUCACCAACUGCAGCCCCUUGGUUGUGAAGUUCCGCUGUUCUUCUUGGUGAAUGAUGAGGAAAAUCAGAUAAGGUAGCACUGGCAUAGAACUCCUACAGAACUCUGCUGUCAUUUAUUUUCUCUUUUAGUUUUUCACUGGGUUUUCUGUAUUCUGUAUUCUGGUCAUCCGUGAAUAUUUUCAUUUUUGACAACUAAUUACUCACAGAAUUAACAAGGAGCUUAAAAUCAUGAUCCUUCCUAGAUUUCCUAACAGGAAACAUAGAUAAAACAUCUUUGAAAGUCCCAAUCAUCACCAAAUUAACAAAGCAACAUCCAUAAGCCCAUUUUAGUUUUGAAUCUAGUGGUAAGAUCAUUAGAAAUUCAUAUUUAGUCUCUGUAGAAUUUUU